AUGGCUGACGCAGUCGGCGUUAUCCGUUGCCUCCUGUGCUCCUGUGGCAUGGCGGCAAACCUGCUGAUCGUUGCCAUAGUAACGCAUUUUCCCGCCAUGCGCACCGCCUGUAACGUGUAUGUGGCCAAUCUGGCGGCUGCCGACUUCUCAUUCUGUCUCUUCGCGCUCGUACAGUCCGUCAUCGCUAUCCGGUCUACAAAUCGGGAGUACUCGACUCUAGGUUGGACCUACGAGAGAAGCUGCGACGUCGGCCGCGUUGUUGUGGUUUUCCUGGCCGCUGCAAGCAUCAUCCUGCUGACUGUGAUAGCUGUGGAAAGGUACAGAGCGAUCACAGACCCGCUGAGCACCAGACGACACGGCACGGUGAAACACGCGGGUGCGACCUGCGCUGUGGCCUGGACGGCGGCCGCCCUCGCUGCAGUUAUCGACACGGUCGCUAGGAACGUCGUCACCAACGACUGGAGCUUUAAAAGCGCCAGUUUGCACUCCGGAGCCUCGUGCGUCGUUCUCAAGCUCGAGUCGUCCGAUACAAGCCACCCUUUCUUUGUGAUGAUCUUGCUAGAUUUUCUGUUCGGGUAUGUUCUGCCCGGCUGCGUGAUAAUACCCCUGUACGUGCGGAUUGUGGUCACAGUACACCGGUCGCGCCGCCUAGCGGUUCGGGAGAGCAGGACAGACGACCAGGCCUACCUCAUGGUUCUGGUGGUGACGGCCCUGUUCCUGGCCAACUGGCUGCCAUUCCACGUUAUCUCCUUCCUGAUCCCCAGGUACGUCAGGAGAGAGGAGUACGAGGCGAUCAGCGUGGCGCUUUCCUUCGCCGUCUUCAACUCCGUGGCCAACCCUUUUCUCUACGCGCUGUUAGGGAGGAACUUUCGGGACAAACUGAAGAAGAUGUUCUGCUGUGUGAAACGGUGCCGGAACGGCAGACAGUGGAGACCGCACAGCCAGGCUUCACAGGACACGACGCUAACGGUACAGGUCAUCGAUACAACAGGCCAGGCUAUAGGACAGGCCCAGGCUACAGGCGGGACAGAACAGGCUAGAGAACAGGCCCCGGCUACAGGGCAGGUCAUCGACCAAACAGGCCAGGCUAGAGAACAGGCUCAGGCUACAGGGCAGGUCAUCGACACAGCAGGCCAGGCUAGAGAACAGGCCCAGGCUACAGGGCAGGUCAUCGACACAACAGGCCAGGCUAGAGAACAGGCUCAGGCUACAGGGCAGGUCAUCGACACAACAGGCCAGGCUAGAGAACAGGCUCAGGCUACAGGGCAGGUCAUCGACACAGCAGGCCAGGCUAGAGAACAGGCUCAGGCUUCAGGGCAGGUCAUCGACACAGCAGGCCAGGCUAGAGAACAGGCUCAGUCUACAGGGCAGGUCAUCGACACAGCAGGCCAGGCUAGAGAACAGGCUCAGUCUACAGGGCAGGUCAUCGACACAACAGGCCAGGCUAUAGAACAGGCUAAAGCUACGGACGGGACAGAACAGGCUAGAGAACAUGCUCAGUCUACAGAACAGGCCCAGGCUACAGGCCAGACAAAACAGGCCCAGGGUACAGUCGGGACAGAGCAGGCCUUUCCCAAUGGCACAAUGCUAACAAUACAGGACAUCGACACAACAGGCCUAGGACAGGCUACAGGACAGGUCCAGGCACACGUCACAGACAGUGUCAGCCUUACCGUGACUAAAAUAUGUACAGGACAGGCAACAGUUGAAAUGAUGUCCCAAACAUUUACAGACGAAAAAGGACAGAAGUCAAAUGCACCAGAAAGUGCAUGA